CCCAGCAAUGAUACCAUCACCAUUACUCUGCCUCAUUAAGAGACAUCCAGCCGCCAGAGUAACGGCAACCCGGAAUACCACAAGCUAGCUGUCUUCGCUGGGUCACUGGGUUCACUGGGUGUCAGAAAUGAACACCUUGCACUGCAACUCGACCGCCCAUGCUACCAAUGAUGCUGCUGUCAGCAAAAUAAUGGAACCUCAACCAGCCAAUGGCCCCGAUUCCGACUCCGUGUCUGGUGUUGUUAUUGUUGUUGCUGCCGCAGCUUGUCACCUUCACUGCUGUUUUGUCACUCUUCGGGAGCCCUGGCACGAAUACCUACUCUUCACCAUUGUGCAUGGCACCUAUUCAUCAUCCAUACCGCCGCGCACCUCACCUAAGGCAGACGAAUUCUCUGGUCCCUGAAUGCUCCGUUCGAGGGGCGGGAAACGCAAACCCAUCUCAAAUUACAGAUAAUACAGAGUGCAUUACGCCGGAACGGUGUGUCGGAUUGACGGCUGCCUUCUCCAGCUCGCAAAUCUAGAUGGGUCCCGAGAAGCGGGAAACGCAAGGGUCUGGUCCGGUACUGUAUUCGAAAGCAGGGUGCGCCAGCCGGACGGGCGCCAGAACAUCUCCCUGAGUC